CUUCCAGGUUAAUUUUGAGCAGCACCUUGAUUUCAGGAGGGAGAAGGGGAAGUUCGUUCUGGGUACUCUGAGACCCACGCAGGCGAAGUCUGGAGCCGCGACAUGAGUCAGAGCCACCGGGAGGGAGGACACUGAGAGUCCAUUGUCUGAAGCUGUGAGGAUGAAGCCCAGUUACAGUUUAAGAGCAGAAGCUGUUGAGAUACCUAAGUUAUGAGACACCUGCCAUGGAGAGCUACCUAUAGGGAAUGGAAGCAACCACAUGGAUGCAGUGAGCUAUGACGAUGUGCAUGUGAACUUCACUCAGGAAGAAUGGGUUUUGCUGGAUCCUUCCCAGAAGAGUCUCUACAAAGAUGUGAUGCUGGAGACCUACAGGAACCUCAGUGCCAUAGGCUACAAUUGGGAAGACCAUCAUACUGAAGAACACUGUCAAAGUUCUAGAAGACGCGGAAGGCAUGAAAGAAGGCAUACUGGAGAGGAACCCUAUGAAUGUAUUAAAAGUGGUAAAACCUUUGCAUAUCACAGUCAUCCUCAACGGCAUGAAAGAAUUCAUACUGGAGAGAAACCCUAUGAAGUUAUUCAAUAUGGUGAAGACUUUGUAUAUCACAGUAGUCUCCAAAUAUAUAAAAGAUUAGAUAUUGGAGAUAAACCUUAUGAAUGUAGUCAGUGUGGUAAAGCAUUUACCUAUCAUAGUCAGCUUCGAAGACAUAAAAGAACACAUACUGGGGAGAAACCCUACAAAUGUAAUCAAUGUGGUAAAGCCUUUUCUCAAAACGGUCACCUCAUAAUACACAAAAGAACACAUACUGGCGAGAAACCCUAUGAAUGCAGUCAGUGUGGUAAAGCAUUUACAGAUCAGAGUCAACUUCGAAUACAUAAAAAAGCACACACUGGAGAGAAACCCUACAAAUGUAAUCAAUGUGAUAAAGCCUUUUUACAAAACAUUAAUCUCAGAAUACACAAACGAGCACAUACCGGGGAGAAACCCUACAAGUGUAAUCAGUGUGAUAAAGCCUUUGCGCAGAACGGUCACCUCAUAAUACAUAAAAGAACGCAUACUGGAGAGAAACCCUAUGAAUGUAUUGAGUGUGGGAAAGCCUUUGCAGAUCAAAGUCAGCUUCGAAUACAUAGAAGAAUACAUACUGGAGAGAAACCCUACAAAUGUAAUCAGUGUGAUAAAGCCUUUGCACAGCACAGUAAUCUCCGAAUACAUAAAAGGACACACACUGGAGAGAAACCUUAUGAGUGUAAUCAGUGUGAUAAAGCCUUUUUGCAAAACAUUAAUCUCAAAAUACAUAAAAAAGCACAUACUGGUGAGAAAACUUACGAAUGUAAUCAAUGUGGUAAAGCCUUUGCCCGUUACUAUCAUCUUCAAUGUCAUGAACGAAUUCAUACUGAAGAGAAACCUUACAAAUGUAAUCAGUGUGAUAAAGUCUUUUCACAGUCACAUAGUCUCCAAAUACACAAAAGGACACACACUGGAGAGAAACCCUAUGUAUGUAAUCAAUGUGGUAAAGCCUUCGCAGAUAAUAGUCACCUUCGAAGACACAAAAGAACGCAUACUGGAGAGAAACCCUAUGAAUGUAACCAAUGUGGCUCAGCCUUUUCACAAAGCAGCUAUCUUAGAAUACAUAAAAGAACACAUACUGGAGAGAAACACUUUGAAUAAGCAAGCCAUAUGGUAAAGCCUUUGCAUAUAGCAGUAGUCUUAGACAACAUGAGAAAAGUCAGCCUACAGAGAAACCCCACACAUGUAGUGAGUGUGGCAAAGUUUUGUACUUCCCUGUAUCUUUGUACAUGAGGAAAACCUUCAGUGCGUAAGCAAUCUGUUAAAGACUUUGCAUAUCCCAGUAGUCUCUGAGGUUCUGAAAGAUCUUCUGAAGGGAGUCUAGGACUGUAAGGGGCUUGGUAUGAACUUUAGCCAAUCACACAGUCACACAACAUUAUUUAUUCUAGAGAAAAAAGUGUAACAGGUGUCAACAAUCUUUCCAAGCAUUACAAUGUUACUGUUUUGGUUGCACUUUUCAUUUUCCCACUCAUUUUUGUAUGUUGAACACUUUCUGCAUCUCUGGAAUGAAGCCUACCUGAACAUCGUACAUGAUCCUUCCGGUCUUUUCUUUGCUUGAAUUUUCAAGUAUUAUUUUUACAUCUGUGCUCCCAUGGGAAAUUGGUCUAUAAUACUCUUCUCACUGAGUCUUUUUGUGCUUUGGGUAUCAGGGUAACUGUGGUUUCAUAAAAUGAAUUGGGUAAUGUUCCUUUUUUCUAUUCAUCUAGAAUUUUGUAAAGAAUAUUUACCUCCCGAAGGGACAAACCUAGAUGCCAAGAUUUUGGUGAAAUUAUGGCUACAUCUGCUCCUGUGUGUACUAAACCCUCGAUUUCAGCGCCAUUUAUUUGUGUUUUCAGCUCUUAUCUUUCAUCAUUUCUAGCAGUUGGCGAAAAUUCUUGUUUUCUUUUCUUUUCUUUUCUUUUUUUUUUUUUUUUUGGUUCUUUUUUUCGGAGCUGGGGACCGAACCCAGGGCCUUGCGCUUCUCAGGCAAGCGCUCUACCACUGAGCUAAAUCCCCAGCCCCCAAAUUCUUGUUUUCCGGUCACUGCUGUAUUUGUUUACAGAAGCUGUUAUGUCCUUGAUCACAUGCAGACUAGUGUUGUUUUUAACAACAGGCAUUAAAUCGUUUAAUUGCUGUGUAGGUGAGUUUCUUUGAGACUAACAGGGGCUGGAGAGAUGGCUCAGCCGUUAAAGGCUAGGCUCACAACCAAAUAUAUAAGAGACUAACAGGAUGUGAUUGAACUGAAUUUGAUUCCGGGGCCCUGUGGUAGGCCCCAUAGGGUGUCUCUCAAGGCAAAGCUUACCUUGCUUAUCCCUUGAUCUGCAUUCAUUAGUCUAGUGUUGACCUAUGCCAUACCUUCUGCAUGCUCCAGAUAAUCCUUUUGGAUUAUCUCUGGAAAAAGCAUUCUUUCUUGGAAUGCCUGGCCCACAACCCCUUGUCAAAUGUCCAGGCUCCCCACAAUGAGAGCAUCUGGCAUUUUGAUGUUUCCUAAACCUUGAGAAAUUACUUCUAUCAGAGUAGCAUCAUAAAUUUGAGAUUCAAUGCCAUCCAUAUUCCUAAUCUAUUCCUUUUGGUGCUGAUCUUGCCUGUAAAGGUCUAAUCAAUGUUUUGCAUUCUGAAUUAGCAUGUUCAAAAGCCAAAAAUUGCAAUUAGCAUUUUUCUGACUCUUAAAUCUGAUACUAUUCUAUUUAUAACUGAAGUCAGUUUUUGCAAAACAUCAGAGAAGGCUUCUGUUGGGCCGUGUAUAAUUUUAGUAAACAACUCAGCCCUCUUUCCUGAACCUUAAGCCUGGUCCCAAGUAUUUAAAGCUGCCAAAUGACAUAGCACCAUGAUGUGAUUAUUAAAUUUAAGCUCGCUGUGCAACUCAGCCUAUUGACCUUCAUCUCACCACUGAUCUGGGGAAAUAUCAUUCCCCAUAGCCUGAUUGUAUGGCCCUAGCUUCCUCUUUAAAUUUUUUUUGAUAUUUUAAAAAUUUAUGAGUGCAUACUGGAAGUUUCCAUUACAGAUGAUUGUGAGCCACUGUGUGGUUUUGAACUUGAGACCUCUGGAAGAGCAUCCAGUGCUCUUAACCACUGAGCUCCCCAACCCCCACCCCUGGCUUUCUGUUUUCACCAUGUUUGCCAUGGUGAUCUAGUCUCCCUGAAAAGGUACAAAAGACUAGGAACAAUCACACUGUAGGGCAUUAUUACAUCAUAGGGCACUAUAACCCCAGAGCAGGAGGACAGCAAGGUUAGGAGGAGGAAGGAGAAGGACAGCAGAGUAAAAGAACUUAGACAUUAAAAGGAAACUUAGAAAUUAAGAGAGUAAUACACAGAGUGAAGAGAGAAGGAGAGCAAAAACAGAAUCUGCAGAGGGAGCAGGAAGAGCAGGCAGGCUUCUUACUACGUGUGGGAACAGGUUUUUUUUUCUUAACAGCAAGGCAGGGUGAGUCUUACUCAAGAGGGCAACCCAGUUUCCUUACAGACUUGGGCUGCAUUCAUCUAGCAAUAAAAGGGUAGACACCUUUUCUUUCUCUAUGCAAUAAAGAUUGGAGUUCUUUUUCAUCCAGAA